CUGAUCUCCAGCAUCGGCAGUACUACGUUGAUUAGACUUGCUCCCAUAUCGAUAUCUCCGGCCGGCCUCAGCAUGGAGGUCUCGUCGCCGUCGCCGCUGCCGCGGUGGGCUCCGACGCCGAGCCCGUCGCGCCCGCUGUGGCGCGGCUGGCUCGGCACGCCGGACGCCCUCCGCUCUCGGUCCGCGGGGGGCAUCCGGCCCUCGCUUGGAAGGAUGAUGUUCCGGUGGACGACGCAGCGUGGCGCCGGCGAUUCGGCGGUGGCUGGAGGGGCGGAUCACGUCGUGGUCGAGGACCCCGGGGUGUUCCUGACGUGGGAGGACGUGUGCGUCACGGUGGCCGGCGGCGGGCAGCCGGUGGGGAUCCUCAGCGGGAUCACUGGCCACGCGGGCCCCGGGGAGGUGCUCGCCAUCAUGGGCCCGUCGGGCUGCGGCAAGACCACGCUCCUUGAUACUCUCGCAGGAAGGUUAGGCCCCGGAAUUAAUCAAACCGGGGUGAUUCUAAUCAAUGGCCGCCCGGAGAAACUCGCCUUCGGAACCUCGGCUUACGUGACCCAAGACAGCGUGCUGAUGUCGACGCUGACGGUGCGGGAGGCGGUGUACUACUCGGCGGCGCUGCAGCUUCCGGGCGCGAUGUCGGCGGCGGAGAAGCGGGCGCACGCGGAUCUGGUGAUCCGGGAGAUGGGGCUGGGGGACGCCAUGGACACCCGCAUCGGCGGGCGGAUGCGCAAGGGCAUCAGCGGCGGGCAGCGGAAGCGGGUGACCAUCUGCGUGGAGAUGCUCACCCGGCCCCGGCUGCUGUUCCUGGACGAGCCCACCAGCGGGCUCGACAGCGCCGCCUCCUACCACGUCAUGAGCCACAUCGCCAGGAUCGCCGCCAGGGAAGCCAUGACCGUCGUCGCCGCCGUGCACCAGCCCAGCGGCGACGUCUUCGACCUCUUUCAGAGGCUCUGCCUGCUUGCGUAUGGCAAGACCGUCUUCUUCGGAGCAGCUUCUGAUGCCACAGAGUUCUUUACUCGAAGUGGCUUUCCAUGUCCGCACCUGAGGAACCCAUCUGACCACUUCCUGAGAAUAAUCAACAAAGAUUUCGAUGAGGAGAUUGUGGAAAGUUCCAAACCUAGGAGGAAAACUGCAGCUGAAGCAAUAGAUAUCCUCACAGAUGCAUACCACUCCCCUGAUUACUCUGAGAAGACAAUGAACCAAAUAUCUGUGAUGAAACAGAUAGUUGGAGCUCCUUUCAGGAGGAGGGAACAAGCCAGCUUCUCUGCAAAGCUCCUUGUGCUCACCAGAAGGUCAUUUGUAAAUAUGCACAGGGACAUAGGGUACUAUUGGAUGCGUUUGGCUGUCUACCUCGGCAUUGGUAUUUGUCUUGGCACGAUAUUCUACCAAGUUGGCCAUAGUUACAGCUCUAUCCAGGCUAGAUGUGAAGUAAUAAUGUAUACCACCGCACUUCUAACGUUCAUGGCAAUUGGGGGAUUCCCUUCUUUCGUAGAAGACGUAAAGGUGUUCAGAAGGGAGCGGCUGAGCGGCCAUUACGGUGUAGCAGAGUUCGUCAUCUCAAACACACUGUCGGCCACUCCAUACUUGGCCGUGAUCGCCGUGAUCUCAGGCGCAAUGCUCUACUACCUAACGGGGCUAUCCAGAGGCACCGACCGGUUCGCCUACUUCGUGGUGAACCUCUGCAUGUGCACGCUGCUGGUGGAGAGCAUCAUGAUGAUCAUCGCCGUUAUUGUGCCGGACUUCCUGAUGGGCAUCAUCGUUGGCGCCGGAGUCCAAGGGGUGAUGAUGCUCAACGGCGGCUUCUUCCGGCUCCCCAACGAGCUCCCCAAGCCGGUCUGGAAGUACCCUUGUUACUACAUCUCCUUCCACAAGUACGCGGUGCAGGGGUUCUACAAGAACGAGUUCAUGGGGCAGUCGUUCCCGAGUGACCAGCUGGUGGAGGCCAAUGUCACCAUCAGUGGCCUUCAGGUGCUGCAGGAGAAGCUGCAGGUGGAGAUGUGGUACUCCAAAUGGGUCAACAUUGCUAUCCUCUGUGGGAUGAUGGUGGUGUACAGGGCGAUGUUCUUCGGUAUUGUUAAGAUUGCAGAGGAGGUCAGGCCAAAGCUGAGGGGAAUGAGAUGCAAAUGGUGUAAAUAGUCAUGUCUCGUUGUUAUGUGCAUCAAUCGAUUGCAGAGAUCACACGUACAAACUUCUUUUCGAAAGGAGGAAAAAAUUGUAUCUACGCUUAAUUUUCUCCUCUUUUUAUAACGUAGUUUGAUAGUUGUAAUACCUCAGAAUUCAGAUGACCUAUAUUACUUUGGCACAUUGAUAAAACGGAAAACUUGAUAAAAUGCCCUCUUCGAAUA